AUGGUGAGCAUUGCUUCGUGCUUCACGGAUACGCAGUUGAAAGAAGAAAAAAAAGGUCUGACCAAACUAUUUCCUCGAUGCUUUUUCCCAUACUGGAGCGAUUAUGCAAAUCUCGAGCUUCUGUGUGCCAAAAUCUUUUUGCUUCCCUCGUCCACGGCAACGAGUCCCAGUGAAAAAGAGUCCGAGCAAACAGCGAUGAAUUGUCAAACAGACCUUUUUGACAGGAAAGAGAACGGCAAGAACAACGUUCACAAGGUACAACCAAAACUCCCGCAUCCAAACCCAGUGUCUUGA